AAUAAAAUAACAUUUUCGUUAUUUUUAUGAUUUUUUAUGAAUCGCGGAAUAUUGACAUUUUAUAUGCAGCUCCGCUCUUAAGACAAUAUUAGAUAUUCAAUCAACGAAGGCUUCCUGGUUGUGUUCAAACGAUGACAGAAUAAUUCUGUCUAUAAUGAACGCAUUUAAUUGCGCUUCGAUUCUUGGAUUCUAGCCAGCUUUAACACUACAAUUCUUCAAACUGAAAUUGAAUUAAUUACGUAAUAAAGUAGAAUGUUUCUAUAGAAACCUGUUAUGACAGUUCCAUGGCAACGUCUGUGUUACAGAAAUUAAAUAAGAGAAGAAGACAGAGUUUAAAAGUGAUAGAGGAGGAAAUGCUAAAGAAAAGUUAAUAGAUACAAAACUUUCAGUCACGUAGUGACUGCUGGUUGCUAGUGCCAAUUAAGCGAUCACCGGAUGCUCGAAACGUGCGAUGGACGGUUCGCGAGACGCGACUCGAGCGAUGUCAGCGAAUCUAGCGUUCACGGCAUUGUUAGGGUUCCGAGUAAUCAGCAAUCAUGAUUAACCCUUCGCUACACCACUUCUUCAAAUCUAAUAAAACAUACAAAAAUUUUCAUUUUAUGUACCAAUCGAUUUUUAAACAUUUGUUUGAAUUUAACGUAAAAGAAACGACAUUACUUUCUGGUCCUCCGAAUAAUAAGGUCCUGCUCUACCAUUACUGUAGACUGUGCAGAGUAGGGCCAACGAAUAUUCGGUAAUCGCCAAUCAUGAUCAGCGAAUAAUCAGACACGAUCAGAUUACAGAUCACCUCCUCACGAUUGGAGACGCUAAAUACAGUUUGCGAUCGCUGAUUAAUGCAGCCAAUUACGAAUGAUUGUUACUAGUUGGUGUACUUAAAAUAUAACGAAAAAUAUUCAGGAGGAUCAUACAGACUAAUCGCACAAUAUGCAACAAGCCCUAAGAGAAGUUCGCCUAAGGUUAUGAUCCCAACGCGGAGCGUAUCGGUGGCGUGUCUUCGAGGGCAUGGACAGCGAUUUUCGAUGGUCCCGCGAUACUUCCUGACGUCAUCGCGGCAUUUGUUUAAUGAGCAGCUACCAGUCACUCCCCACGUCGUCCCUACUCGAACAGAAAUCGCGGCCAGAGGGAGACAGCUAGCCGCACACCGUGGAGGGGGCGUAGGGAGAGCGAGAAAGAAAGAGAAGAAGGGGAGAGAGGUAGUAUCGUGUCGGACGCUGGACGAGGCGCACGCUCGAUGCGAAGCAGCGCGUGUUUUCACGCGUGGAAACCAGGAAGCGGCGUGCACCAGGACACCACGGUCGGUCCUGGACCUCCACUUCGCCCCUGGUCGCAAGCACUUGCUCGUGAGCUGCGCGCCUCUCGGUCCUACGAAGACGUGAACACGUCCGAAAAGUGGUCACCGACCGUGCGUGGUCAGCCACGCGGGACGCGUGAGCGAAACGAAGACGGACGAUCGUCGAGCGCGAACGAGCGCCUCCGAGCGACCGCGAUCGUCGCUUGGGGUAUCCUGCCUCGACUCUGAUUGGUCGAAUCCUCGAGGAAGUGGUCACCGUCGACGAGGGCUCGGACCACACCGCCACGUGAGUCGAACGUCGGGUCGCCAACCAAGAUAUCGCGCUUUCCUCGUAUUCUGGACCACCGGAUCUCUCCACAGCGCAGCCCCAUCGCUAGAUGAACGUGUUCACCGCUGGCUAUCACCUGGAGAACGCGAAUCAUACAGAAGAAUUUCGACCUUUGACGAGUACUGUGUUUUUUUCGGACAGCAAAUUGGAUGGAAGUUGGAUUUGUGUGUACACGGAGGAUCGAGGUGGUAGAUUGAUCACCUUGGAUGACGUUUGGAUGCUAGGGGUACUUUGCGUCGAGUGAUUGCGUGCUUACAGAAUUAAGCGAUUAGCGGGUUCUUGUGUGAGAAUCCUUAAAGUGGUCACCGUUGAUCAGGGCUUGGAUCACCCUGCCAAAUCAAGCGCUGUGUUUCUACUCAAGGUAUAACAGUCGCAUCGUAUUCAUAAGCGCUAGGCCUUCUACAAGCAAAACACACGAGAAAUCUCCAUUUGUGUACACAUAGAAACUCACGAAAGGAGCCAGCUGAACCUAUACUUGUGUUUAUUGACAUUCGUGUCUCCAGUGACACGAUCUAGUGAUCGUACCUCUCGAUCGUUGUUCGAACGCUAUAGACGCCAGUGAACAAUGACUGCUCCCAACGCGUAGCCUGAAUAGUUAGGCGUUCCACGCAGCCAGUAUCGGAGCAGGAAGCUUCUUGAGCUCGUAGCGUCGAGACCGCAAGACGGAUCCGCUUGAACCUGGACGAGAGAGGGAGUAUCGAUCUACGUCAUCUUAGUCAUCACGUGGCGAUCUUAACCUAGGCCAAUGUCUUUACCCCACAUGACGAUGUAGCUUUCAGUCGGUGUCCUCUAGACGACCGCUUCCCUUCUAAAUAUAAAACUAUCCCUCGACUUGUGAAAGUUUUACCAUGGAAACGGAAGGGAAUUUCUGGAACCUCGUCGUGGAGCAGCCCGGAUUACCCAGCCAAGUUUGGGAUCGGUCCUUCGCGAAGCUGACGCUGACAAUUCGUUGAACUGUCUUCGUGACGCACUGUCUAUCGACGAAAGAGAAAGCUGGUGUCUUACAGUGUUAUAAAUAGAAGUGCGCAGUGAAUAAAACGCCCCCGUAGCUCGGUUCUUUUUUCCAGCAAAUCGAUACCCUUUCGCGGAACAUUGUUUGAGAGGCGAUCGGUAACCCGUUCGGGAAAAGAUAGACAGCCAGUGGUAAAUGUCACGCAAGGAACGCGCAGUGAAACUCGUAGAUUAACUUCGAUAGCCGCGUUAACGAUCGAGCGAUGACAGUAUUAUGACAAACAGCUGCUUAUCGAUUAUCAGAGACCAUGUAUCGUCGGGAAACGGUAGAUUCCUCGGGUAUGCCACGCGUAUCGAGUGGUUGACGCCGUUUGUGUCUCCAGCUACGAGACCAGUAUAUAUUAAUUAGAUUAAGACAGAUUAACGAGCCAGUGAUUGGUUGCUGCAUAGAAACUAGGAAGAAUUAAUCGGGUAUUCCAGGUGUGAAUAUCUAUCGAUGAUCUUUUUAUUUAAAGAUUCGAUGACUCUGUGAUCUGUGGUGUCUACAGGAAUUUGGAACAUUGUGCGAAAAACUAACGAUUCACCCUUCGUCGUGAGAGAAGUGUUACAGGUGUUUGAAAAUAUUCUGCCUCGGCGUGGUUCCGGAACUGCCACUGUUACACUGGACAUAAGGGAGCGGAAGGAGCGUAGAUGAGUUCUGCUGUCUGCGUCCUCGAAGGAGCCUCUACUUCUAUGCUGGCGAACUUAUUUGACGCGGACGACGAGGAACGGGGUGUCUUCGCGACGCUCCGAUCGAAAGGAAGAUUUUCUGGUACGACCUGGGGUUGCGUCGGGGUAGCUAGCAAAGCGUCUGUCGGUGGUGAAGAGGAGAUUACGAUUACUGAUAGACAACGAUUGAAGAGGGCGGGGAGCGCAACGUGCGGUAGAAGAAGAAGAAGAAGAAGAGCAAGUCGAGAGAGUGUAGGCGCAGGCGCCGUAGGUGAUGUGAGGCUGGCGCCCGCCUCACGUUUGGGGUGAUGCCCUCCAGUGAGCCUCAUCCCCCCCAGUACCACCUUCAGCACCACAACAUUCCUCCGUCGCAUCUUCAGCAGCACACGUCGGCCGCGAUCGGGCAGCAUCAGCUCUAUCAGCAGCUGGUGGCGGCCCAUCAACAGCAGCAGCAGCAGCAGCAGCAGCAACAACAACAGCAACAGCAACAGCAGCAGCGACAGCAGCAACACGGCGGGCCCUUUCAAAAUUCCACGUACGCGCAGCAAAAGCAGGAGAUGAGCCCGGAGGAG